GUUUAUUUUUUUUUACCCCAUUAUUUGUAUGGUGGUGUCCAGCGGAGAUGGUGUCUUAGCUGCGGUGUUUUCUGACCGGACUCGUCGCCUGGGACUAGAAUAGGACCUGUUUGAAGUGUUGUGAAUCGAUAAUGUAAGUACCAACUGUUGGUUCCGAGCUCUUCUUGCGCCAGAUUAGUGGGGAGCAUUGAAGUUCCCAACAUCAAAUGUUUUUCUGUUGAAAAUCUGAUCAUUUCUUCACAUUUUUAUUUUAUUUUUUUGGACAAUGUGUUCGUUUUUAACACAGCUCCGCAGCUUAGGUUAGGUUAAAUAAGCUUUAUAUUUAAAUAUUUGAUUCCAAGCGACAGUAUUGACGAACUGAGUCAUGGCUAAAAACCCGUCCGAGGGGCCGAAGGAUGACCUGAGCCAGCUGACGGACGAGGAGCUGCUGCGGUGCACCAAGGAGGAGCUGCUGCGGAGGCUCCGGAGGGUCGACGGCGAGAAGAUGACCCUCAUGAUCGAGCACGGCAACAUGAUGAAAGACAUCAACAGGCGGCUGCAGGUGCACCUCCACGAGAUCCGGAACCUGAAGGAGAUCAACCAGAAGCUGCAGGACGACAACCACGAGCUCCGCGAGCUCUGCUGCUUCCUGGACGACGACCGGCAGAAGGGCAAGAAGCUGUCCCGGGAGUGGCAGCGCUUCGGCCGCCACACCGCCAGCGCCAUGUGGAAGGAGGUGGGCACCUACGUGAUGAAGCUGAAGGAGCUGGAGGCCAACCAGGAGAGCGUGCUGAGGGAGAACACGGAGCUGAAGGAGAUCAUCCUCAUGCUGGACGAGGAGAGGAACGGCGCCGGCUCCAGGAGCUCCAUAGACAGCCAGUCCAGCUUGACCAACCUGAACGGAGGCACCGGGACGGUCCGGGAUGUGGGGGACGGGAGCAGCACGUCCAGCACGGGCAGCGCCGGCAGCCCCGAUCACCACAAUCACAACCACAUCCACAGUAAGCCCCCAGAGACCAGUAAGAUGGGUCCGACCACCAUGAGGAGGUCCAUGGAUGACCUGUCAGCGCCGCACCACCACAGGAGCAUCCCCAAUGGGCUCAAUGAUUCCUCCUCCAACUACAUCAGGCAGCUGGAGACCAAGGUGCGGAUACUGGAGGAUGAUAAAAAUAAGCUCCUCUCUCAGGCUUAUAACCGCUAUAGCUUAUCACAAAUACAGACGAAGAAGCAGUGCAACCCAGGUGACCUCCGCGCCCUGAGGAAGGGAAUGACUCUGUACCACUCAGAGUCCCAGCUGUCCUCGCUGCCCCAGCGCCAGGAAGCCAUGCACAUGGGUACAAACCGUCUACCAACCAGCGAAUCGUCCCCUGCCACUGGCUACCUGUCCUGCGUCCAGAAGCCGGAGGCCGUGGUUCAUGCCAUGAAGGUUCUGGAGGUCCAUGAGAAUUUGGACAAGCAGGCUCCCGAGGACUACGAGGACGACCUCAGUGAGAAAGAGAAGGCCAUUGUGCGAGAGAUGUGCAACGUGGUGUGGCGAAAACUGGGCGACGCUGCGGGUUCGAAGCUGUCCGUCAGGCAGCACCUCUCUGGGAACCAGUUCAAGGGUCCGCUGUAGCACRGCAACAAGCAAGACUGCUCCCACAAAACACCACCUUACUAAACUGCCUCCACGACCCACCACGCCAUGUCCCCCACGACUGCCGACAACACCUCCAAACCACACCCUCCGUCAGGUCUGGCUCAGAAUGGACUCUGCAAGUAUUUAUGUGUCGACAACUGGCAGCUAGUUUCACCGAUUCACCCCCCCACCACCACCCCCAUUUUGUUUUUGUUUGUUUUUCUAUCUCCCUCUGGUAACAGCCACAAACACGCUCCUUUGAGUCGCAUCGCUGCCGUAAGCCAGCAGAGCAAACGUGGUUUCAAGCACAGACCGGACACUAUCCGCAUGCUCAGCUCCGUUUUUGAUACCUCCUAUAGAGACCCUGCCCACACCCCACCCACCCAGCUUCUGCCAUCCUCGCCCCGACCCUAGUGGUCAACGAGUACAUAUGUAGGAUUUGUAAAUGUUAACCAAGUGAAACCCACUGUGAUCUAGCGCCUUUUGCUCAUAAGACAAGCCUACGAAUAACUAGGGAUCACUGUUAACGUGUGUAUAUUCUGUAUAAAACCAUAGUUAUCGUUGAUUUAUCUUCUUCUUUUUUUUGUAUUCUAGCGUGGCCAUGCGAUCAAGACUUGUUUUAAAAUUCUCAAAGACUGGACCUGUUAGCAGGUUUUUUUGUUUGUUUAUAUAUUAACUUUUUAAAUCGUUAUUUCCCAGAUGAAUAAUCAUCAUCAGCCCUUAUCUGUGUCAACCUACAGAGAUGCAUCAAAACCAGGGUGAUUCUAUGAAACGAUUUGGUUCAGUGACUUUGUGACCCGAACAGGAACUGUGUGCUGUGUGCACGCUCGACAAUCAUUUUCUCAGGUUGGGAGGGCUACAGCUUUACCUUCACCUUUCUAUUUGACUGUUUGUGUGAGAGAGAUGAGUGUGUCCUUGUUAUAAACCACUGUGUGUGUGUGUGUGUGUGUGUGUGUGUGGUUUUCUUGCAGCUGUAGCAUUAGUGUGGCUGUUCAACCCUGGUUAGAACUCAGUGUAAAUACUGAUACACUUUCUGAAUCCAUACAAUCCAUAACCUGCAAUAACUUUUGAGCACCCAGUACUAGAUGCACUAAUUAUUUUUUAUGUACUUAUCUUAUGAGAAGAUUUUGUAAAAAAAUAAAAGCUCACUUUUCAGAUUAGACCUUUUGAUGUCGGGGAUCAGGCAGGUGUGUUUAACCAGAGCAUUAUUUUUUAACUUGUUUUGUUUUUUUUAAUUGAAGUACGUCUUCCCUCGGAUGUCUCCAACAUGAAACAUUUUCAAACGAGUAUUUCUUGAUGUCAACGUAUUUGUUGUCGUGUUUAAACUAGAGAUCGGAGAGCGAACCUGGAACCGAACAGACAAUUCGUCUGAUUUGUUCAGCGUCUAACAGCCUGCUCUCUCCCAUCUCUAGCGACAUUUGUUCCAAAUUAGAACAUUUCUGAGGCUGUUCUCCUAAAUAAUGGAUGGAAAAAGAAAGUAUUUUUUAAAAAGUGUCCUUUUUUUUCUAGGAACCAAUUUGAAGCCAUGGUACAGUUUUGAAUAUUUAGCAAGUGGCAUUUUAUUUGAGAUGUGCCAGGUUUUUUUUUUUUUUCAAUGCAUUUUGAUUUGGAACCCAACUGUGUUUUGUAAACAUUGUAAAUGCUCUUUGUUUCCCACCUUAAUGUUAAAUCCACAGUACAGACCCCCAGAAUCUGCAGCAUCCAUGUGUACUCCUGUAGCAGCUAGCAUGACUGUAACCUUUUCUCAUGAAUUUUAAGAUCAAUAUUUGGCAAGUGAAAAACAUUGAUGAAAUAGGCCACUUUUAGAAAUCUUUGAAGAAAAACAAUAAACAAGUUGCUUAUUAAUGCC